AUGGAUGCCAUGCGGGUUGGAAAGGGGAAUACUGUCAUAAAAAAUGUGACGGGGGAAUCCUGUCAGAGCGGAACAUUUGGAAGAAACUGUCUGGAUGUUUGUAACAGCACAUGUUAUGGAUGUAACAGAACAAAUGGUAAAUGUAACAGUGGAUGUCAUCCAGGAUGGAAGGGAGAUUACUGUCACCAAGAAUGUGACAGCGGAUUUUACGGAAAUAAUUGUAGCAUGCUUUGUGGACACUGUAUGGUCUUAGAACAAUGCCACGCUAUCAACGGGACAUGUAUAAAUGGUUGUGAGGAAGGAUAUAAGGGGAACUUUUGUAAUGAAACCUGUAAAAACAGAACAUUUGGAAGAAACUGUCUGGAGACCUGUAACAGUACAUGUUAUGGAUGUAACGCAACAAAUGGAAUUUGUGAAAGUGGAUGUUAUCCAGGAUGGACGGGUGAUUACUGUCAUGAAGAAUGUGAACAUGGAUUUUUUGGCGAACAAUGUAACGCCUCUUGUGGACAGUGCAGAAAACCAGAUGAAUGUCAUCCAAUAAAUGGAUCGUGCUUAAAUGGUUGUUCUGAAGGAUUUGAAGGACGAUUAUGCAACGAAACAUGUACUUAUGGAUUCUUUGGAGAAAAUUGUGUCAACAGCUGUAAUGAUACAUGUUUCGGCUGUAAUAGGGAAACUGGUAUAUGUGAUAAUGGAUGUUAUCCUGGUUGGAGAGGAGAAUUCUGUCAUGAAGUAUGUAACAAUGGAUUUUAUGGAGAUAAUUGCAGCAGGGUUUGUGGAAUUUGCUUGAGGUCCGAGCAAUGUCACCCAAAUAAUGGGACGUGUCAAAAUGGUUGUGAUGAGGGUUUUAGAGGGAUAUUGUGCAAUGAAACAUGCAGGAUAGGAACAUUUGGACGAAACUGUCUAGAAACCUGUAACAGUGCAUGUAAAGGAUGCAACAGAACAAAUGGUAUCUGUGACAAUGGAUGUCAUCCUGGUUGGCAAGGAGAAUUCUGCAAUGAAGAAUGUGAUGAUGGCUUCUUUGGAGAGCAAUGUAGUAUGACUUGCGGGCAUUGCAAAGAUUCUGAGGAAUGUCUUCCUAUAAAUGGGACGUGUUUAAAUGGUUGUUCCGAGGGAUUUGAAGGACAGUUUUGCAAUGGAACAUGCAAAGAUGGAUACUUUGGAGAAAACUGUGCAUACAAGUGUAAUGAGACAUGCCAAGAAUGUAACAGAAUAAAUGGUUCCUGUGGAAAUAUAUGUCAUCCUGGUUGGAAAGGAGAAUUCUGUCAUGAGGUGUGUGAAAUGAAUUGGUAUGGAGCUGGCUGUAGUAAGAUCUGUGGUAAAUGUGUGGACAGCGAGCCUUGUCAUCACGUCAGUGGUACCUGUGCUGAUGGUUGUGAAUCAGGAUAUCAGGGAAAUAAGUGUGAUAAAGUUUGUGAAUUUGGAUUUUAUGGACCUGACUGUAAAAGCGCAUGUAGUACGUUUUGUAAAGUAUCACGUGACUGCCAUCACGUGACUGGUGCCUGUAAUUCGGGCUGUAAGGCUGGAGUGAAGGGGGAUGAAUGUAUAAUGGUCCAAGACGAUAAAAAUGUCUCCCAAAUAAAAUUUUAUGGUAUUUUGAGCGCUUUUUGUGUCACUCUCCUUGUUAUUGGCAUUUAUAUGCUUUUCAAAAUUAUAAAGAGAAUGAGACAUUCAAGAACAAUGAUUGACACGCCUUAUUUUGUCGACGACUCUUCCAUUCCUCAAAACGACGAUGUGUCUUUGAUCAAAAAUGACGAUCAUCCAAUAGAAUUGAAUCACGAAAAUCAGGAUAAUUUGAAAUUAGAAUCAUCUCUUAACUACGACACAAAGCUUUAAAAGAAAUUACCUAAAUGAGAAAUUAUUCGUCAAAGAUUAAUUAUCUGAUUUUAAUUAUAAUGCCUUAUCAAUCGUCUAGCAAAAGUAAACAUCACGGGGAAAUCGGGGAUAUGCAGUUUUGUUUCCUAUUUUCUUUCUUCCAAUUUUCGUUGUUGAUAAUACUUUAUAAAUCUAUAUUAGUUAAGGUUUUAUGAUUAGAUUUAACAGAUA